AUGCUUCGAUCAUCGUUUCUCAUGCUGUGUUUCUUAACAAUCUUAUUCAUUUCCUCAACAUACGAAAAGAAUGUCACAAGUCGAAAACGACCCCAUACAUCAAGACAUAAACCAGCGAGUAUCAAACUCUGCGGACCAACGCUAGUGCGCAUGCUUGAUAUGGUUUGUGAUCGAGCAAGACAAUUGUUAAUGAAAACACAACGAUCGUCCUCAGAUUCCACUUAUCAAAAACGACAGAUGAUUGUCGACGAUGAUCCAUUCACACGUACGUUAUCAGUCACGGAUUAUGCACAAUUUAAUAAUACAUUAGUUGGAGAUUGUUGUCUUCAAGCAUGUACACUUAAAACAUUAUUGAAAUAUUGUUGA